AUGUCUCAUUUAUGGAUUCAUUUGAAAAUAGUGGACAUGAAAAAGACAUCAAGUGUUGGUGAGAAUAUCGACAACUCCUCAAUCCGUGAGGAAAUGGAUGAAGAAAAUCCCAAGAAAAGCUUUAUCGAAAUGUACUUCGUCGAUUGUUGUAUAUUGGUGGCGGUGACAGUGAUUAUCACGGUGUCAGUGGCGAGUCUGGAAGUUAUUGGAAAUCUGUUUUCUGCAGUCUACGUGCCAAUCAUCUUUUUAGCUGUUGGUUUAAUCUCCUUGGCAGUAGUGAUUCUGGUCAAGAAACUUCAAAAAAUUCGGGGGGUGAAUCCUGUACUCAUUUUAUUGACUGUAUUCUCAUGGUCUUUUGCGGCUGCCAGUCUAACUAAAUCCUUAGGAUUAUGGACUCUACUAGCAUGGUCUGCAGCGAUAAUUCUUGCUGUCAGUGCAGUCAUACUUGGAUAUGUAACAGAACGGCUCACAGAGAAUGUGUACAUGAUUAUAUUUUAUGUUGCAAUGUUAUUGGCGGUCAUCGGCGGUAUUCUGUUUAUUUUUCUACACUUCUUUAAAAGAAACAUUCGCGACCUAGCAUUCGGAGAGUUUCUCGCUACGAGUUUGAUAUUAAUUCUAUAUCUAACUGGACAAACUAUACAACAAUACACUAAAACUGAGAUGAUUAGCAAGAUAUCACUUUGGGCAGCGUUCAUAAGUUGGGUGGAAGUGGUUCUACUGUAUUUCAGCUUAUCUCUCGUAGGAGGAGUACAUUCAAAUAUGAAUGCAACAGAAGCGAACAAUAUACUAAAGCAGAUUUUUGAAUAUGCAGCCUCCAUUGUAAUGGAAAAUGAUUAUGUUUCGGACGUAUAUUUAAACGCAGCAUCCAUAGCCAUCGUGAUAUGUCUGUUGCUGCUUACACUGCUGCUUAUCAACAAGCGGUUCAAGUUCCUUCCACGACCAAUUGUUUAUGCGCUAAUUGCAUUGAUGGUUUUACUCUGGGUAACUGCAUACUCUUUACUAUGUUGCAAUGAUAACCCUGUAGAACUGAAUACAUUUCUCGGUGUUUCUAUUGCAGUACACGCAAUUGUAGGCUUCGUCGCCACUUAUGUUGGAAAACUAGGUGUAGCUAAUUGUGUCACACUGAUGAUAGUGGCCAUAGUAGCAUUCAUUGGCGGUGCAGUAUUUUCUACUCUGCAUUAUAUUGAUCAUUUGUUCGAAUACAUGGCUGCUAUUUGUUGGGGCGGUACUUCAGCUAUCAUAUUAUUCGUCGUAGUGAAUCGAAUCCACUGGUCAAAGAAGAAAUAG